UCGUACCGUUGAGGCUGUGCGCAAACUUUGGUACACGAUUCACUCAUGCGAUCGGUUCACCCUAAAGUGAGAGCAUUAACUUCACUUUAGAUUACACCGAUGUCGAAUCCUACAGCCACACUUACAAGCUUGUGGAUCGAAGGUUGGUAUCAUGCGUUUUCCCUUUUGUACACACGUGUUAGGUCGCUUUUAGGCAAGUUGGUGUGUUAAUAUGUGAACUCUAGUACCUCGCCUUCCUUCUUUAUUUCAAGAGGUAUAUUUAUUUUUUGUAGCGCACGAGACAAUUUUGCGGCACGGGUUUGGUUACUACCAGCCGGCCUGCGGAUAAAGGAAAAGAAGAAUCUGUUUUGCUUUCAUGCGUAUGGACAUCACACGCUUGCUUUUAUCACAAUUCAAUUUACAAAUGAAAGCUGCUGAUUAUUCAAAUUUCUCUUGUAGGUCAACCAAGCCCUGUUAAGAGUAACCCGUCUACUCCGGUAAAAGGGGCUUUGAAUCGGGACGCGUCUAUGGUUCAGGAAGACUUUAUAAAGUUUUACAAAGAUACUGGGCUAGAACCCCUGGCUCGAGAGGUACGUAAGCUUGAAUCUCCUCGUGCUUCCCCCGCGACGAAUCAUCUCUUUCUUCAUCCGAUGGGUGAGCAGUAUAAAGCAUACUUUGAAUUUACCCUCAUUGGCUUCUAGCAUCACGAUUCAUAAUUCAUGAUAAUACUUCUCAGAGCUCAUCGAAGCUUCAGAUGCGACUUAUUGUGAUUAUCAUUUCGUUUUGGCCGUCUGUGUCCCCGAUUGCAUGUGAGCUCAUUCAGGCUUAUUCAAUAUGACUUCGAUUGAAUUCAACUACCUGCAUCCAACGGCCCCCUUAAUCUCCACAGGGAAUGAACUAUGUCCUUAACUACUGAACUAAAGCUUUUCUCGUCCUCUUCCUAUAUUUUGACCAACAGGUCGGCGUCAUAGACAACAAUGGGACUAUAGAUGGACUAAAAGACACGUCUCUUCCUACUAAAGUCAAUAGUAAGAAUUGCUUUCACUUUGUUUACUUGGAUUCGAUUUAGCUUAGUUAAAUCUAUCUUCUUUGACGUGUGUGUAGCAUCAACUUGCCUUUGCUGUGUACAGUUUCCUGAGAUCGAAACGAUAAUUCUGCAAUCUUGUUGAUGUUUAUAUCGUGCAUUUUCAAUGAUUUUUCCUUGCAUCAUUUUUAUUGAUUAUGUAUUAAGAUGUUAAUUUUUGAGCUAUUAAUUUCUUUAACUCGGUUGUGCAUAUUAAUUGGCUUGUAGUUCUUAAGACUUUGAUUUUCAACCUUGUUUUUCUCUCUUGGGAAAUAGACAUACAGUACAUAGAAGGUAAACAAAGUGUUAUAUGAGAAUGAAUAAUAUUAAGAGUUAAAUUUGUACUAAUUAUUUUAUUUGCAAGAAGUGAUUGAUUGGUUGAUGCUUCAAUGCUCCUUUUCAGUGCUCAGGCAUCAUGACUAAAAUUUUUGAGAAAAGUUAAAUAACUGGUUUUUAUGAUAUUGAAGUGACAUCAGGGCUCACCUUCAUCUAACAAGUGAAAUUUGAUUUGCCCGCCUUGAGUUUGCAUUAAAGUUGCAUUAAUACAAAUAAUAAAGGGUGUGAGAUUUCAGUGUUUGUUUUAAGAGCUGAUCGUAAAUGACUAUUGCACUUAGCCAUUCAGUAGCCUGAGAAAACAGCCAACAUUUGGCGACCCUACCACUGGUUUCCGUACCAAAUGAUGUCUAAGAAAUCAAAAACAAACGCAGAAAUUCCAUACUGAUGACGCAUCACUACCCAGAUCUUCGUAGUGCUUCUGAUUGUUUGAAUCAAAUUUUCCGUGCGGCACAUCCAAACAAAAGUACUACCCAGAUCUGGGUAGUGAUGCAACAUCCGUAUGGGAUUUCUACGCUUGUUUCUCUGGCGUCAUUUGGCGGGUAAACCAGUGAUAGUGUUGUCAAAUGUCAGCUGUUUUCUGAGGCUAGCCAUUUAGACUCUAUUUUACUUAUUAUUUUUGAGGGACUAUGCCAUAGUUGAACACAUAGUCCACUAGAACGUUGAAAAGUAUUCCAUGAUAGAGGCAAGAACUCGAUAACCGUUUUGUCUUCAGUACUGUUUCAGAAAACCCCACGUCUAAGAAGUUCUGAACUUAGGAUAAAAACCUAAUUCAGUUAAGAAAUACAAAAUCUGUGUUCAGGUUAAAGAAUCUGGUAUAUAGUUUUUCAUAAGAAAUUCAUCCUUAAUCACAGCUCUCCUAGUUUUAUCAUCUUUAGCAGUUAUAGGAUAAGGUUAAGUAUGAUCUGGAGAAUUAUGCGGUUUGAGGAGGGUGUAUUAUUGGCCUUAGCAGGUGACACCCUCCAAGAACUGCAUAAUUUUCAAAUCAUACAGAAACCCCAUUGAUUUUCUGUAUGGUUGACAUCAUUGGUACUAAUAUUACAAGCAUGAAGUCCAAACGUGAUCAACGUGUUUAUUGCAUAAGGUUUUUGUGAUAUCCAUAAUAAUCAAGAUCUCUGUAGACUGAUCACUCUUUCUGAGACCUUAAUUAGACCAGAUAUCACAAAAACCAAAUCUAAUCAUAAUUAAUGUUUUAUUAUACAUUGUUUUGAAGAACAUAACAACAAAAACACCCGUCGCUUUUGGAAAUCAUGCAUUGCAGUCCCAACCUACAGCUUAGUCUGUUCUCUGCGAGCAGAUAACUAACUAAUCUGUAAGUUGUGCUGUUUUUCAAAAGUAACUGUUGGCUCUCAAUCAAUGAGAAGAUGGGUAAAUAAUUUAUAAUAAUAUUUUGUUAGUUAAGGCUAUGAGAUCAUUAACUUGCAUAUCUGUAUGUGUGUGUGUUUUUUUUAACAGCUGAUCAGCCAAAAAUAGUGAGCAGUCCUACUGUUUUGCCUGUUACAACUGCCAAAAUGUCACCUGUUAUUUUACCCAAAACUGUGAAUUCUGCAGCAUCACCCAUGGUAAGGCUAGAGAUGAUUUGACAAAGGAUAUCACAUCAAGAAUCAUAAUGUUUUGUUAUUCAGCUUUCACUGGGAUCAGCUAAAAUAGGCAGUUUUAGUAAUAAAGUCCUUGAAAUUCCUCAAAUCUCUAUAAACCUUUCAAAGAACUUAAAUUCUUUCAUUGCUCUUGAAAAGUACUUGAAGUUAGUACUUUCAACGCGGUGAAUCUUAAUUAACUGUUCAUCAUGCAUUGUAGGGGAUUUCUGCAGCUCAGUUAAUUAUUACCUAGUCAGACUUUUUUUUUCUUUCCUGACUUUUGUCUGAUAGAAAAAAUACUUCUUAUUUACAUAGUCCAAGAAAAAGGGCAUGCAAAAUUGAUUUCUUGAAAAGUGAUAGUAGAGUUAUUUCAGCUGCUUGUUAUGUUGUCUGUGGUACCAGUAAGAGAUAUAAAAAAUCCCUGAAAUUCCUUUUUGCCUAUCUUUUGAUGUCUGGGUUUCAACAGUAACACAACACAAGUGGGACUGUAGGAGCUAUGAGUUCUCAUCUCACUUUUCAAGCACCAUAUUAUAGAUGCUUGCAAAAAUGGAAGGAGUAAAAUGAUGUUGGCCUUCCUAAAGUUCCUUGUUCUAUUAUAUUGCUUUCGUACUUGGCCUUGUAUUUGCAUUAGUGUUUGUUUUUACUUAAUUCAAAACUUCUAAUGGUAGUGCCUGUGCAAUGCUUACAUCACUUAAGGAAGCUGGGCUUAAAAAUAACCCUUAAUGAGUAAUUAUUGACUUUGUUGUUUGUUUGGUUUGGUAGGUCAUUGGUUCACCUAACACACACCAGGUAAUUGCUGUUGGUGGAAGCCCAAGAACUCCAACAAUGAUUGCAGCUCCAAUUGUUCCAGCUAACACAAGCUCUUGGCCUAGGUAAAUGUGGGAGAAUUAUGUCUGCAAAUACAUAUUGCUAUGUUAAAAAUUUUAACCAUUCCAAAAUUUUCCUUGACAAUAACUUUCAAACUGCUCUCCUUCAUUUUCAUAAUUAUAUGUCUCUUAUUGAAAGAAAAAUUGAGAACUAAGGUACAUAUCAUCUUGUCUGAUCUUGACCUCUCUUUAUAUAUGUUGUAGUUAAUUUUUUAUCUCAGGUAAUUUUUGUUUUUCUUUUGUCUUUGGGUAUGGUAAUGUAUGCUAAUGAAGUUGAAACAAAGGAAAAAUAAAAAUUACCUGAGAUAAAAAAUUAACUACAACAUAUACAUUAGGCACUGAAUUGCAAUGAAAACAUUGCAGUUGUAACUGUGAAGAUUUAAGGUUGCUGUUGAAUUACAAAUCUAAAAAGGGGUUUUCCAUUAAAAAAUAAGAAAACCAAGAAUGCUACAAAUUUUUCCAUAAUUAAACAACAAGCAAAUAUGUCAAACAGUGAGAUCUUUAACCUGCGAGCAAGCUCUUUGGGUUGCUUUGGCGCAGGCUAUAGCUAUGAGAUCUUCAAUUGGACUGGCUGUCAUACAGUCCCAAAAUAUUUCAACGGUUUUUUUUGGAGUUUGACAGUUACAAAAUGUGAUAUGUCAAGUUUUAAAGUCAACUUGGAUGUGCCCAGCUCAUGGCAAUCUCGCUUUUUACAUCUUAGAGUAACACCUAGCAGUGGAAAGAAAAGAAGGCUUGAUUUGAUGGAAAGUGACAACAUUCUAGAUAGCGGAGACAGGUAAAAUACCCUAUCAUGAACUUCAUUUAAACACAGAUUUGCUAAUGUCAUGGAAGUAACUGUUGGUGAAACUGUAGGUGACAUAUACAUGAACGCCGCCUGGUUAGCUCAGUUGUGAGAGUACUGGUCUGCUAAGCAGGAAUUCGUGGGCUCAAAUCCCAGCCAGAUCAACAACCAGGGUCUUUAAAAAACUGGUGAGAUCAUGCUGUCUGAGAUUUGAGAUUUCUCAAUUCAUAUGAUUGCAUGAUAGGGCUUUGACAUCAAGCCAUUGGCCUUGUCUCCUUCAUUUUUCGCUUGUUGAUGAAAUCAAAGGAGGCGUAAAAGGGCCACACUAUUGUUUGAAAAGAGUAGGGCAAGUUUCCCCGGGGAUGUGGUCUACCUUUCACACAUCAUUCAUAUCAUGGGCUAUCAGUGAGUUUCUGUGAGCUUAUAAAUGAACUGAUAGCAGCUGCCAGUGGCUCCCUUGUAUGCUGACGUCUGAGCAUACUGUUAAUAUCUAAUUUAAAGAGGGCACAUCUUGUCCUCUAAUCCACAACAUUCUAUCCCAUUCGACAUUCCAUUCUGUUCCAUUCCGUAUUGUUUGUUUAGAAGAUAUUGUGUGUCCAUCUUGUUUGUUUAGUUUUUUUUUGUACCUCAUGAAGGAUUGCUCCACCAAAAUUGCUUUGUCUGUUUUCUGCAGGAAAAAGGGCAAACGUCUACCGAAUGCUGGCCGUUCAGUUGGGCCAGGUGACAAAGAUAAAAGUGAAAAAGGUCUGAGACACUUCUCAAUGAAAGUUUGCGAGAAAGUUCAGCAGAAGAGAACAACAUCAUACAAUGAGGUACAAGCAAAAGACAUCUAAAAAGUCCAUACAUUUUCACUUAUGUUCCCCUGAGCGAGGGCUCCCCUGUAUAACCUUUGUAUUAGGUAUUAACUCUGUGGAAGGGACCUUCACCCAGGCGAUGUUCCAGGAGAGACCUUCCAUGGGGUGGAAGCAACAACCGACAACCGCCCCGAAAACUGGUGACAGUCUUCUGAGAAAGCACCAGCAAUCAACAGAAAAGGAGAAAUGAAUUCUGUCAGCAACAAUUUAUUUUUUAAAUGGUGAAAGUGACAUCUAACAUCUUUUAUAUUUCGGCUCUUUUGGCACUUAUUUUCUGUGAAUCAUUUUCUAAUGUUGGUUUUAUUGAAAAUCUAUCCCACUAAGGAGAAAAGUUGAUAAAAAUACUUAGUAAUAUUCUUUCCAGGUGCUAUCUGCCGUAAAUUCAAAAAUUGGUAUCACAGAAAUUUAUUCUGAACCAACAGCGACAUUUGCAACAGUGACAUUUUUCCUAACCUACAGAGCAGUAAACAGUAUUAGAAAAUUAUGAGAGACAGCAUACCCCCCCCUCCCCCCACUUCCCUUGAGUGGUUGGGAUCUGCCACUGUACUUUCCCUGAAAUCUCUUAUUUUAGAGAUUUUAGAGGGAAAAGCCCUGGAACUGGGACAUUCAGACCUCUUUGGAAGUCUUUGUACCUCUUUGUAUCUGAUAGUGUCCCUUUGAAAAAUCCUGGAUGCUCUCAGAAUAAAAAUCUCAGGUCUUUGACUCCAAAGAAGGUGACAGAUGUACAUGUAUAACACAGGGUUAACUGUUUGAAGUCUGUCUGUCAAGCUCUCACUCUCUUCAGCUGCUACAAAUUCAUGUAAUUGCUGCAAGUGCCCUUGAUGAGAUCCCACUUGUGAUAGGUUAGAUGGCCCAUGCUCUCUGUUAUAAUUAAUGUUUUCUUUAAGUAAUGUUAAUAUAUAAUUAUAGCUUGUUCCUAAGUAAUUUUUUUCCCGUUAGGUUGCAGAUGAGCUAGUACAAGAAUUUAGUGAUCCUGACAAGCAUCUCUCACCUACCGAUCAGGUACUUGUUCCUCCUCAUGUUGUUAUUAUAGUGUCUGUAAAGUGUUUUAAUCAUAGUGCAGGGUGCAAAGAAAGUCAGUUUUACAGCUUGCCAUUUCAGGCAAGCUGUAGCUAGCAUGUACUAUCCCAAGAGUCAUUCUAACAAGCCAGGUAAAAUAUUUUGACAAGAAGGAUUGAUUACAGUUCUUCUGUAAUUUAACUUCCCUAAAAACUGUCACCUGCUUGUCAGGCAAGUUAAGAACCAGAUUCACUUGUCUGAUAGCAAAAUCUACUAGCCCCAGGCUAUCAGAAACCCCUUUCUUUGCAAGCUGAUAAUGGUAAUUCAUUUUUGCUUUCUUUUUGUUUCAAUUUUUGUUUUUGGGUGGUCAGUUCGUAAAGAACUGAAUUCGCGAAAUUGUCAAAGUAGGCUAGUUUGGUAUCACAGAAUACAUUCUACUGGAAAGCUAGCAUAGUUUUUUAGCAGUAAGCCAAGCAUCUUCUUUGGCCAAAAGCAGGUUCCAACUUAUAGUUGAGAUCUGUUGAAGAUCAAACAUAAGCUCAUUAUUAAAGGACAUGACACAUGGUCAGGCAAGGCUUUUCGCAAAAUAUUCAACUUUGAGAAGUGGUAUCAAACAAACCUGUCUGACGUUACAUUCUUUCACUGAUUAAAUAUUCUAGGGUUCCCUGUGUUUUAACGAAUUUUUUCUGAAUCAGAAAAAGAGUGAAAAAAUAGUUCCAAAACAGUGCACCCUAUAGUUUUUAAAAAAAAAAAAUAUUGUUGUGUGAUUUUUUGAUGGACUGUGGUUAACUCCUGUCCGCAUUACGUUAUGAAGGUUUUUUAUUGCAGGUUAUCCCAUGGCUAUUCACUGCUUUCAACAUCUUUUUCAUCAACUAUGUGUUUCAUUUGUAUUUUUGCUAGGCUUAUGACCAGAAGAAUAUCAGAAGAAGAGUAUAUGAUGCUCUGAAUGUUCUAAUGGCAAUGAACAUCAUUUCAAAAGAAAAGAAAGAGAUCAAGUGGGUGGGGCUACCUACAAACUCAGCACAGGAAUGUCAACAAUUAGAGGUGGGUAAAAUAGGUCGAUAAUUAGGGUCAAGCUUAAGUUAUUUAAAAGUCGCCUUUUAGUGACCCAAAAUUAUAAAAUGGUCACCAAACUUACAGUCAAACCAGAAAAACUGUGAACACCAGAAAUAGUUCUGGAAUGUUGUUGUGUUGCAAGAAAAAAGCCAAUCAGGUGUGAGAAAACUAAACUGUAAGGAAGAAAAUCAAUUAGUUGUGGUUUUGUGGUUUGCUCGCAUGUCCUGAUCUUUGUUGUGAUUGGUCUUAACACAAUAAACAUUCUUGAAAUAUUUCAAGUGUUCACAGUUUCCCAGUAGCACUGUAACAUAUUGAUGGCCAGAAAAAAGGACACUUUGUAACAAAUUUCUUGAAAGGUUUGAAAUAUUGAAUGUGGCUGCCCUACUUUUGCAGUGGUGGGUACCUGCAACAUUUCAAGGUCUUAGAACUAGACAACCAGGAUAAGGAAUGAAUAUUUAUUAAAGUUGAAAGACUAUAAACUCAACUAACAAAAAAAAACUGUGGCUUGACCGAGUGAUAUUCGCAGCUCUACAUCCACCUGAUUUUACUGUACACUGUACCUUUCAGUCCUUUAUAGUGCUGUGUUUUACCACUUUUAGGAGGAGAAAAAAGAAAGGGAAGAGAGAAUAAGACAAAAGACUGCUGAGUUGCAAGAACUGAUUCUUCAAGUAAGACAUUACCUUAUUAAUUUUUUUUCAAAAUAGAAACAUGAUAAUUGGAUAGAUGGCAUUAUAUGUUGGGCUAACUUAAGUUCAAAUGUUCACACUUGUCAGUAGCCUGCGAACAGGCUUUCAAGGUGGAGUAGGGCAGAAAAAAAAGUGGUCAAGCAGCGACAGCUGAGCGUGGCCUUGGGGAAAAAAGGCGGGGGAACCUGUAGACUUUCUUUUGAUGCCACCCAUCUACCCACUUCCAAUUAUUUUGUAACACACAUGUCAAUAACACAUGUCAUUAAGGUAAUUUGACGUGAGAGAUUCUAAUGUUGUUUGUGCUUGAAAGCAUCAGCCUCAAUAACAUUUGCAUGCAUGUGUCAGCACGGUUGUGGCUAAAAUUUCAAUUUGCUGGGUAUCUGCAAUUAGUAGGAGGUGAAUUGUACAGCAAGGAAAUUCUUUUGGUUCUAUUUUUCUUUUGUUUCCUAUAAGAGUAGCCAGGGCUCACGUUCCUAGUAUCCAGGGAAAAUCCCUGGCCCCCGGCUCUUAGUGACAGCCCUGUGUAAGUAUUUUUCAUCGGUAUUUAUCACUUGUCAACAGUCAGCGAUCUGAACAAUCAGAUCAUGAUACUGGAAUCCGGUAUCAUGGAUGGACCGCAUCUAAGAAAGUCUACAGGCUCUCCAGCCUUUUUGUCUCCUUCAGGCCAUGCACAGCACACCUUUCUUGCCAAUUUUUGUUUUUGUCCCACUCCAUGUGGGGAUCCUGUUUGGCUAACUUGUCAUGGCUAGGCUCAACUUACACUGCAUAACAAACAGUAUGAUAAGAAAGUGCUGCUUAUAACAAGGGUUCAUUAUUUUGAUUUUUUGUGCAGGAUUUCACAGACCCACUUACUAGGAUUGCAAUUUGAUUAUUCCUCUCCUUUAGCAUAACUGAAGAUUAAGUUUUUGUCAAUAACUUCAGUUGUAACUAUUGCUUCCUUUUGUUUCAGCAAAUUGCUUUCAAGAAUCUUGUCCAAAGGAACAAGCAAGUUGAAAAGGAGCAGGGAUCUCCUGCUCCAAACACAGCUAUUCAUCUACCAUUUAUCAUCGUAAACACAAGCAAGAAAACUGUCAUUGACUGUAGUAUAUCUAAUGACAAGUAAGUCCUGUUUUGCUUCCUCAAAUUAACACAAAACUACUGGAUAUCCAGUUCUUGUUGAAUAUGAUAAUUAUGAUUAUCAUUUUCAUGAUGAUGAUGAUGAUGAUGAUGAUGAUGAUGAUGGUGGUGGUGGUAGUGGUGGUGGUGGUGGUGGUGAUGAUGAUGAUGAUGAUGAUGAUGAUAAUGAUGGUGGUGGUGGUGGUGAUGAUGAUGAUGAUGAUGAUGAUGAUGAUGAUGAUGACGAUGAUGAGAAGGAGGACGAGCAAGAGGAGGAUAGUGAUGUUGAAGGAUGCUAGUAAAAUAAUGGUUAUGUUGAUGAUCUUACUGAAGAUGUGAUGUACUUUUGAUCACUGAUAACAAAUUUUGCUUUUCUCCCGUUAUAGUAUGAUAAUAUAAUGAUGAGUUUUGAACAAGGAAAAAUGAAAAUAUUAUUCAAGGAUAAUAGUAUUUAUUUAAAUUCAUAAUAUUGUUACCGAUAGCUGCAGGAUAGCCUCACCUCAUAACUGAUUUUUGUGUUUUUUGCAGAUCUGAAUAUCUUUUUAAUUUUGACAACACCUUUGAAAUCCAUGAUGACAUUGAAGUAUUGAAAAGAAUGGGUAUGGCAUUUGGUCUGGAGAAAGGACAGUGCACAGAAUCCGAUCUCAAAUCUUCAAGAACAAUGGUUCCUAAAGCACUUGAACCUUAUGUCAUAGGUAUGCAUUGAAGUUACCUGUUUAAUGUGUUUAAUCAAACUGAGCCGCCUUAAUCAAUAUUUUUAAUCCAGGGGCAUCCAAUUUAUAUUAGCAGAGCUAGUUUAAAUGGAGCCCUUAAAGGGGAUGGCUGGCAGUUUCCACCUCAAGUUUUUUGUGCCUAUUCUCCAGGCCUGGGUUGCUCGAAGUAUGGUUACUGCUAACCAGCAUUAAAUACCAUGGAAACCUAUACAUUUUGAUACCUCUUAACCAACAGUUAGCGCUAACCAGGCUUCGAGCAAGCGGCCCCAGGUUGCUAUUAUGCACACAGCAUGUAUGUAGCCAGAACACAAUCUGAUCUCACAUGUGUUUGGACUUUUUGUCGCUUGUAAUGCGAUCAUGCCUGGUUUGAAACUUGCGCAAAGCACAGCAUAAUUAAUGGGGCAAAAGCAUGUUGACUUCCAAUCAUUGUCGCCUGCACCCCCUAACCUUCAGUUUUUACUAGUAUGUAGUGUAUAUAUUAUUGAGAUAGAAAUAAAAGGCUCUUUGCUCAAACUUUUUUUCGUUUUUUCUAGACAUGGCAAAGUCAGGUCCAGUUGGACUCACUGGUGUACUUGGCAAUCAUACAACUCCUAAGUAAGUUAAGUUACUACGGUCAAACUUUGAUAUAAUGAAUCUCCUUUUAACAAAGUCCUUGGUAAAACAAACAAAUAAUAUCCAGUACAGGAAUAAUGUAGAAAGAACCUCAAUAUAACAAACGUAAUUCUUUUCAGUCCCUUGGCCCUUCCUUAUACUAAGUUUUCAUGAUGUCCAGUUUUUGUAGUAACUGCAAAUAAUUCAAAUCAAUUUCUGUUAUCUUGUAAAAAUCAAAACCCUGGUUUAAAAUGAUUUUCUUCACAGUAAAUCAGCAUCUUCAGCUUCACCUCUCGUCUCUGCUACUGCCCGCAUGUCUCCUCUCCCUCCUACAAACACUCCCUCAUCACCACUUGCCAUGCCGCUGGCUCAAGGGAGGGGCACCUCUCCUGUCACCGUGGUAAACAACUCGAGGACACAGAAUCGAACAUCAAGGACAUCAUCUAUGGCAAGUGACAGUGGUCCCUCACACCGAACAACAUCUCCUUACUCUUUUCCAUCCUCUCCAGCUUCUGAUGUCUCUUACGAUAUGUCACAGGAUGGAUUUAUGGAUACGGAUGAACCCAAUUCACACCACUGA